AUGACGCUCGGCAUGGUGCUGGCGCCCUGCGGGCUGCUGCUGGACCUGACCGCCACGCUGGCGCCCGGCUGGCGCCUGCUGAAGGGCUUCCUGGACGAGCCCAGGGACACGGCGCUGUUCCAGGGCCUGUGGGACAUGUGCCGCGAGCAGAGCAGCCAGGAGCGCCAGUGCGGCCAGCCGGACCGCUGGAGCUACUUCUCGGCCGAGCCCGUGCUGGCGGCACGGGCCCUCAUGGUCACGUCGCUGGCCACCACGGCCCUGGGGCUGCUGCUGGCCACGCUCGGGGUGCGCUGCUGGCAGGACGAGCCGCACUUCCUGCUGGCCGGCCUCUCGGGCGUCGUGCUCUUCGCCGCGGGGCUCCUGAGCCUCAUCCCCGUGGCCUGGUACAACCACUUCCUGAGUGACCGCGACGUGCUGCCCGCCCCGCCGCCCCCGGUCACGGCGCAGGUCAGCUACAGCCUGGUGCUGGGCUACCUGGGCAGCUGCCUGCUGCUGCUGGGCGGCUGCUCGCUGGCGCUCAGCUUGGUGCCCUGGUGCCAGGGCCGCUGCCGCCGCAAGGCGCCCCCCGCCCAGCCGCGCCGCAGCAGCAUCAGCACCGUGUACGUCAACUGGCCCGAGCCCGCGCUCCCGCCCGCCAUCAAGUACUACAGCGCCGGCCAGCACCGGCCGCGGCCCGCCGAGCAGGGCGCCGCCAGCAAGCCCAAGGUGGGCUUCCCGAUGCCGAGGCCGCCGCCCAAGGCCUACACCAACCCGGCCGCCGACGUCCUGGACGGCGAGACGACCCAGGGCGCGUCCUCCCGCAGCACCCGGCCCUGCCACAGCUCGCUGCCCUGCGACUCCGACUUGUAAAAGAAGCCACCGCCCAGCCGGCCCCCAGCCUGGGCUCAAAUGCCCUUCUCUGUAAACUGAUGCCUGGAUGGGUUUGCUAGGAUUUAGGUUUGUCUCCAGGGGGAUGCAGCCUUCUGGCCGGCCACCUUCCUUUCCUUCCAAAGACCACUGUCUCGAGCGUAGCAUUUGCCGCGCGAUGGUUAGACACAGUAAGGAAAAUUCGGUGAGAUCAGUCAGUACCAUCGCAUCAAUAUUUUUGCUCUUGGAAACCGUCUUCUGAUAGAUCCAUUCAUGUUUGCAUGAAUAGAAUUUAAGCUGGGGUUCUUUUUCUCUCUCCUCCCCACCCCCUCUGCUGUAUUUCACUUUCUUGGAGACUCUUAAGAGGCCAUUGUAUUUCUGGCUGUUUAAAUAAGGCUUUUAACAUUAAUAUAGAACCGUGCAAAUACCAGCAGUCUGGGUGGAUUUUAUGGAAUGCAAUAACCUGAUUAAUUCUUAUCAACAUUUCUUCAUGUUUGCAUAGGAUUUAUCUCUUUUUUUUUAAUCACUUCUUUUGGAGUGAAAGUUGAACAUGCUCAAAGCUUCUCCUCUAGAAGCCAGGAGAAGGAAGGGACCAACUGUGUUCUAGUCCUCGUAUACCUCAUCCUGGACAGAGUGGACCAGGGACAAGCUGUAAAGCAUGCGCAGUCCAGAAACCUGUUUCUCCUAUGAGUUCCUAUGUCCAGGUCUUCUAUUUAUAAACGAAACCUGAAGACAACAGCUUCACAAUGCCCACAAACGCUGUGUUGUCUCCAGCAGCACCUUUGGGAGUUUCGGCAUUCAUUCCUCAGGGCUCCUUGGCUGCCCAGGAACCGUUGGUGAAAUCGAGCACUGGGAUCUUAGCACCUCUUAGCAGGAGAAACAAAAAGAAGCCAGUGGGGCCGCUUUCACGGCCUGAUUGCUUUGUUUUCAGGUUCACGCUAGUUUCUGUGCAAAGCAAAGUCUGUUGUUGAAAAACGAGAAGCACCAGUUUCCACUGUGAAAGAAAUCUUUUCCUCGUGGCCAGUGCUCCUUACAGUCACAGGCAGCGGUGCUCCCUGAGCUGUGGGAAAUGCCCAGCAGGGCCGACUGAAUGACAGGCAGGGCAUUUAAGGGUGCCAGACAAGAUGGACCCACCCUAGGUAUCUGUGAAGCCAUCUGCUCUGGCAUCCCAGUGGGGUUUGGUUUGUUUGCCUGGGGUUUGGUUUUUGUUGGUUGGCUCCUGUCACAGAGCUCUGGUGGCACCAUGGACUAGGUGGGACCGCAAGGCUGCUGCGGUGGUGUUAGGUGCUGUCCAGUAGCAGCCUACUCCUGGUGAACCUAUAUGUACAGCAGAAGGAAACACUGCCCAGUCCUCUGCCCUCCUCCCAGUCGUUCAGUUGUCCCGUGCCAUCCUCACAGUUGUUGGUGGUAAGCUUUGUUGCUCAAACCCAUCAGCUGGGGGCAAGCUCUGCAGUUGUCUGCUGCCACAACGAUGUACAGUUUGGGAAACCCUAAGAAGCAGUUCA